CUCCUACCUGAUAUGUCCUAUCUUGUCUUCAGCCUCAUCACGCAAUCACAGCUUCUUCAACUACACACUUCUCAUCUUACUCAUCAACAACUUAGUCUUUACGACACCUCAAACUUCAACUCCAUCAAAAUGCAGUUCCUCACCCUCGCCGCUUUCAUCGCCACUGCCUCGGCCGCCGAUGUCAUCUUCAAGGUCACCGACUUCUCUGCCGGAUGCAUCCGCCACAGCACCCAGUGCUCUUACAACUUCAAUGUCAUCCAGCCCGGCACCAUGGAGACCACUGGCGUAGCCUGCUCCGCCAUGCUCGCCGCCAACACCGACGGCACUCUGCCCGACGUCAAGGACGGCACCUGCAAGGACUCCGCCAGGACCUUCAGCGUCACCAAGGGUGCUGACGGCCUCACCCUGACCGUCACCCAGCCCGUGACCCCCUCCAGCGACCAGUCCGGCUCUCACCUCCUCGCCAAUGCCGACCUCAAGAUGUCCAACGAGCCCAACGCCGUUGUCCAGACCUACACCGGUAUCUCUGGCUUCGACCUCACCUCUUAAGUUCGGAAACGACUUUGACGACCUUGAAUUCAAUCUAAUGUGGAGACGUUUUUGGCAAAAUGGGGUUUUACGAACCAAUGAAUGGAAUGAAAACAUACUAGAUCCUAGAUAUUUAUAGAGCACACGCC